GUUUUCUAUAAGUUUAAUUGCGUUUAAUUAUUUUCGGUAGGAAUGGCCCUGACAAAGUUCAAUCUCUGGCAUUGUACAUCACGUUGGCACAUCAACAAUGAGUGAACAACCUCAGCUGAUACCUGGAGUCGUUCGAAAAGCUUCGGUACCCGUCCAACAAACUGUUGCUAUCGGUAAACAAAAAUCGAGCGCGAGUUCUUUAAUCCCCGGUGUAGUCCGUUCCGUGUCCAAACCCCGAGCCACGAAAAAGCCAACCAAUAGCUUCAUUAUAUCACAACCUAGUACCAAAUCUCCACCGAAAAUUGAUAGUAUUACACAAAAAGCAGUCGAAGAAAUUCUUAAAGAAACGGCUAUCCGGAAGGUUUCCGCCGAACAGAAACGACCUUCAGAAUGGCGCCGGUGUCCACUGAGGAAAACAAACAAACAAUUUCUAAACCGCACACUAAUGUCAAUGGUUAAUCACAACGAACGGAUAAAGAAGACAACGACACACCGGUCUCGUCUCAAACUAGGUGAACUCGUGCGGGGCGAUCAUAGUUCCACCAAAUUAAAAAAAAGUAAAUCUCAACAAAAGACAUCGAAACCACAAUCAGAUGUUUCUUCCAGUUCGAUAGUCAACCUUGUCGAUGAUAGCGAUUAAAGUGCUUUUUAUACUA